AUGACUUCAAAAUAUCGUCCUGGAAAUCUUGCUGCUGCUUUAUUUGGUGCUUCUAACAAUAAUGAAGAAGAAAGUAGUAGUUCUUCUGAUGAAGAAAGUGGACCAGUUACAGCUGCAGAGAAAAUGGUUAUAACACAUACAAGAGCUGAAGAACAACGUAAGGAAGAAAAACAUAAAGAAAGAGAAGAACACAAAAAGAAAAUACAACAAAAAUUAGAUACAGUUAAGCAAAGAGAUGAUGAAUGUCCAAGAACUUUAUAUGUUGGUAAUGCACCAUUGAAUACAACAAGAGACAAGAUUCGUAAUAUAUUUCAUCAUUUUGGAAAAGUUCAUUCUGUAAGAAUGCGUAAUGUUUUACCACAAAAUGAAAAAAUGAGUAGGAGAGCUGCUGCACAAACUGGUAAAUUUUCAGAAUUACAAAAGAGUUUGACAUUUUAUGUGAAAUAUGAAAAAGAAGAAUCUGUUGGUGCUGCACUUGCAGCUGGAAAACAUGAAAUUGAUGGUCGUCAGUUAAUUGUUACAUCGGCUAAUGAUAUAAAAUACGAUCCAAAAUGUUCAGUUUUUGUAGGUAACCUACAUCUUAAAAUUACAGAAGAUGAUUUAAUAAAACAUUUUUCUCCUGUUGUUGACGUCAAUGCUGUUCGUGUUGUACGUGAUAGAAAUUCACAUGAAGGUAUUGGAAUAGCCUUCGUGAGACUUUCAGAUCCUACAUUACUUAAAAAAGCACUAACCCUCAAUGGAUCUCAAUUACUUGGAAGAGAAAUAAGAGUAACAAAGAUUGCCAAAAAGAAGAACAGAUCGGCUAACAAUGGUCGGCAAGGAAAAAAAUUUAAUAAGGGAGAUAGAAAAGAUGGAAAAAAUAAUAAACAUAGUGGAGUUUUACCUAGAUCAAAAAAUAUAAAUAAAAAAUUUAAAAAACGUACAGAUAAGAAAGAUAACAAAAAGACCAUAAUGUCUUAA